CCGAAGCCUUGUGCAGAAUCGCAACCAGCCGAACGGAUUGCCCGCGGCACACUCUCCACGCCCAUAACUAACGUAGAUAGCUUCCCUAACUAUCGAUACCUCCCAUUGACCCUCAGUUACAAAGAUAUUUCCAAUCAUGAAUGUGCUCAAGCUGCAGAGGAAAUACCCUCAAUUUCAGCAGGGUGAUAUCUUUGGCUUUGCCGAUGCUUUCCGCAAACUCGACGCCGAUGACAAGGGCUAUAUCGAUGAGGCCACCGCCAUCAAAGCCACACAGGCAAGCGAGAGACAACCUUAUGAUGUUGUGCGACAAGCCUUGAAGGAGGUUGAGCUAGACUCAUCCCGCAGAGUAGAAUUGGAAGAUUAUGUCGGCCUCAUCGCGAAACUGCGCGAAUCAUCACCUGCCCAGAAACGCAUGAGCACAGGUGGUAGCAACCCUCCUCUAUCUCCAGUUGGUAUAGUUGCCCAAUUAACUGGAAACGGCCGCCAUGGUAACGGUCGCGGCCAUGCCCCGAAACCCAGUGCUGGCAAGAUCCAUGUCGGUUCGUUUGCGAAUAGCACCCACACCAUCAAUGAAGAUGAGCGAACCGAAUUCACGCGCCACAUCAAUGCUGUUUUGGCGGGUGAUGAGGAUAUAGGACAUCGUCUACCCUUCCCAACAGACACCUUUGAGAUGUUCGAUGAGUGUAAGGACGGCCUAGUGCUCGCCAAACUUAUUAACGAUAGCGUACCGGACACGAUAGAUGAGCGUGUGUUAAAUGUACCCGGAAAGAAAAUCAAGAAACUCAAUGCUUUCCAUAUGACAGAGAACAACAACAUCGUCAUUGAGUCUGCCAAGGGUAUCGGUUGUUCGGUUGUCAACAUCGGUAGUGGCGAUAUUAUUGAGGUUCGAGAACAUCUGAUCCUGGGUCUGAUCUGGCAGAUCAUCCGUCGAGGUCUUUUGGGAAAGAUUGACAUUAAGCUCCACCCAGAGCUGUACCGUCUCUUAGAAGAGGACGAGACGUUAGAACAGUUCCUACGCUUACCCCCUGAGCAGAUCCUUCUGCGAUGGUUUAAUUAUCAUCUUAAUGCGGCUGGCUGGCACCGCCGGGUUUCGAACUUUUCUUCCGAUGUAAAAGACGCAGAAAACUACGCCGUUCUACUCGCACAAAUCGGACGCGACUAUGGCUGUACCCGAGCCCCUCUGCAGACCCGGGACUUGAAUCAGCGGGCUGAGGAAGUUUUAGUCGAUGCUGACAAGCUAGGUUGCCGGAAAUUCCUUACCCCGAAGUCUCUAGUCGCCGGAAACCCGAAACUCAACCUUGCCUUCGUCGCCAAUCUGUUUAACAAUCACCCCGCGCUAGAUCCUAUUACAGAGGAAGAAAAGCAAGAAGUGGAAGAUUUUGAUGCUGAAGGGGAACGAGAAGCCAGAGUGUUUACAUUAUGGUUGAACAGUCUGGACGUACAACCAGCUGUAGUGUCCUUCUUCGACGAUCUUCGUGACGGUACCAUCCUGUUGCAAGCCUACGACAAAGUAAUUAAGGGCUCCGUAAACUGGAGGCACGUGAACAAACGCCCAGCUACUGGAGCAGAGAUGUUAAAAUUCAAAGCCGUCGAGAACACAAACUACGCCGUCGAGCUUGGCAAACAGAAUGGUUUCUCUCUAGUUGGAAUUCAAGGUGCUGAUAUUACUGACGGACAGAAGAUGUUGACACUGGGUCUGGUCUGGCAGCUCAUGCGAAAGAAUAUCACUCUAACAUUGUCCGCCCUAGCUCAACGUCUCGGCAAACGUGAAAUCACAGAUGCCGAAAUGGUGCGGUGGGCAAAUGAAAUGUCUCAAAAGGGAGGGCGAAACUCGUCAAUUCGUUCCUUCAAGGAUCCUUCUAUCGGCAGUGGCAUCUUCCUCCUCGAUGUACUCAAUGGCAUGAAGAGCGCUUAUGUCGAUUACGAACUCGUUACCUCUGGACGUACUGAUGAGGAAGCUUACUUGAACGCCAAGCUUAGCAUCAGUAUCGCCAGAAAAAUGGGUGCCACAAUCUGGCUAGUACCCGAGGAUAUUUGCCAAGUUCGCAGCCGGCUAGUAACAACAUUCAUUGGUUCACUCAUGGCCACCUAUGAAAAGAUGCAGUAAAUGAUCUAGGCGUACUCAAUUAAUUACGAGGGGAUUAACUGGGACAUAAAAUUUUACUGGGGUAUGACGGUGGUACGUCUAGGUUCUCGGGCUUCAAGCCCCAUGUAUUUUCUCAGGCGCAACUUGGUAUGCAAAUUCAAACACAAUAAGUGCAUAACACCUUGUACUUCGCUAUUGUAGAAGCGGCUUAUGGUAAUGACCGGUGAGCCGAAUAUCUUAUGUACAUACUGUAAGAAAUGCGUUGCUACCCCGCUGUUCUGAGAGAAGCUUGUGCU